GUCUCGGGAAGUCGAUGCCAGGCCUACCUGGGGGAGCACCGCGAGGGGCCCCUUCGCGGCUGAGGGUCCCUGAGGCCCGAGGUCAGGUGGUCGCCUGGGAGUGGCCUGGCUGGCCCCACGCCCGGCCACCUGUCCCCGCUCCCGGCUUGCCUUCCGCUCCGCCGGGCCGCGCCGGCUCCUGUCCGCUGCCGAGGAGGCUGGACUCUCCGCCAGGAAGGGGCAGUUGUCGCCCGGGUCUGGGGGGGCAGCAUCUGACCGCUGGCCCGUUGCCGUGGCAACCCUGGCCUCUCGGCGGGAACUGCAGGGGACAAGGGCUCUGGGGAAGCGACAGAUGGCGGGCGAGGCGGCAGAGCUACCCCCGGCCCGCGUCCGUGAAGCCUGGCACCUGUCUGCUGAGCGGGGUGUGAGGCGAGGGGCCCCAUGCCCGGCGCUGAGUCACGGGCGUCCCCCAGGGUCCCGGCCAUGGCGCCCUCAGCCCUGCCCCCUCCCGGCCUCCCUCUGAGAAGUCGGUAGUGACUCAGUCAUCCCCGGCCUGCCCUGCCGAGCCCAGGGAGGAGGGAGGAGCCAACAGGGGCGGUGGGGGGGGCCCCCGCAAACACACCCCGCCCCUGCCCGGGCUCUGGCUCUGUCCGCGCUGGCUGCCCGCCCUGCCCGGCGCAGGAGAGGGGCUGCGGGCCUCCCACGCUCACCAGCUCGCUCGCGCGGGGGCGCCCCGGCAGGCUGCACUUCUGGGGUGCGUCCCGAGACGUGGUCCGGCCGCCUGGCCCCACACAGGACCCUCCGCCUGGCUCCAGGUGACGACUUCUCAGUGUGACUUCUAGGGAGGACGAUGGCUGCCCAAGAGCUGCUGCAGCCAGUGCUGCUCCGGCUGGGUCUGCUCCUCCUGGUCCAAGGUGCCUACGGCGGGACCCCCAGGGAGGACUUCCGCUUCUGCGGCCAGCGGAACCAGACACACACGCGGAGCCGCCUCCAUUACGAGCAGACGACCCAGCUGCACAUCUCCAUCCAGAACUCCGAGGAGGCCCUCAGAGUCCAUGCCCCCUUCCCUGGAGCCCCUGAUGCUUCCCAGAUCUUCCCCGACCGCAGGGGCCUCUACCACUUCUGCCUCUAUUGGAACCAUCACACUGGGAAACUGCACCUCCGCUACGGCAAGCGUGACUUCUUGCUGAGCAAACAGGCUUCUGGCCUCCUGUGCUUCCUGCAUCAGAAGGAGAGCUCGGCCCAGGGCCCCCCACUGCUCUCCACCUCUGUCAGAUCCUGGUGGAGCCCCCAGAACACCAGCCUGCCCAGUGCCCCCGGCUUCACCUUCUCCUUCCACAAGCCUCCCCAGAAGGCCUCCCACAAUGGCUCGGUGGACAUGUGUGAGCUGAAAAGGGACCUGCAGCUGCUGAGCCAGCUUCUGAAGCAUCCCAGGAAGAGCUCCAGGAGGCCCUCGUCUGCCCCCACUGGCCAGCACCUGCAGAGCCUCGAGUCGAAGCUGUCCUCUGUGAGAUUCAUGGGGGACACAGUGUCCUUUGAGGAGGAUGGGGUCAAUGCCACAGUUUGGAAGCUCCAGCCCUCAGCCGGCUUCCAAGACCUGCACAUCCAUUCCCGACAAGAGGAGGAACAGAGCGAGGUCCUGGAAUACUCAGUGCUGCUGCCACGUGUGCUUUUCCAGAGGGCCAAAGGCCGAAGAGGGGAGGCCGAGAAGAGACUCCUCCUGGUAGAUUUCAGCAGCCAAGCUCUAUUCCAGGACAAGAAUUCCAGCCAAGUCUUGGGCGAGAAGGUCUUGGGUAUUGUUGUGCAGAACACCAAAGUAACCAACCUCACGGAGCCUGUGGUGCUCACCUUCCAGCACCAGCCCCAGCCGAAGAAUGUGACUCUGCAAUGUGUAUUCUGGGUUGAAGGCCCAACAUUAAGCAGCCCGGGCAGCUGGAGCGACGCUGGGUGUGACACCAUCAGGCAAGAAACGCAGACAUCCUGCCUCUGCAACCAUCUCACCUACUUCGCAGUGCUGAUGGUGUCCUCUGUGGAGGUGGAUGCCGUGCACAAGCACUACCUGACCCUCCUCUCCUACGUGGGCUGCGUCGUCUCCGCCGUGGCCUGCAUCCUCACCAUCGCCGCCUACCUCUGCUCCAGGAGGAAGCUGCGGGACUACACCAUCAAGGUGCACAUGAACCUGCUGCUGGCCGUCUUCCUGCUGGACGUGAGCUUCCUGCUCAGCGAGCCCGUGGCCCUGGCGGGCUCCGAGGCAGGCUGUCGUGCCAGCGCCAUCCUCCUGCACUUCUCUCUGCUCGCCUGCCUCUCCUGGAUGGGCCUCGAGGGCUACAACCUCUACCGACUCGUGGUGGAGGUCUUCGGCACCUACGUGCCUGGCUACCUGCUCAAGCUGAGCCUCGUGGGCUGGGGGUUCCCCAUCUUCCUGGUGACAUUGGUGGCGCUGGUGGAUGUGAACAACUAUGGCCCCAUCGUCCUGGCUGUGCACAAGACUCCGGAAAGUAUCAUCUACCCCUCCAUGUGCUGGAUCCGAGACUCCCUGGUCAGCCACGUCACCAACCUGGGCCUCUUUGGCCUGGUGUUUCUGUUCAACACGGCCAUGCUGUGUACGAUGGUGGGGCAGAUCCUGAGGCUGCGGCCACACACCCCGAAGUGGCCCCACGUGCUGACGCUGCUGGGCCUCAGCCUGGUGCUUGGCCUGCCCUGGGCCUUGGUCUUCUUCUCUUUUGCUUCCGGUACCUUCCAGCUCGUUGUCCUCUACCUCUUCAGCAUCAUCACCUCCUUCCAAGGCUUCCUCAUCUUCCUCUGGUACUGGUCCAUGCGGCUGCAGGCCCGGGGCGGACCCUCCGCUCUGAAGAACAGCUCGGACAGCGCCAAGCUCCCCAUCAGCUCGGGCAGCACCUCGUCCAGCCGCAUCUAGGCCACCAGCCCACCGGCCCAGGAUGAGGAGGCAGAGAUGCGGCCCUUCUCACCUGCCAGGCCCUGCGGGCUCAGCGCUUGGCCAGUCAGCCGGAGACUGGAGAAGGCCCAAGGAUUUCAAAGGGGUAGUAGGGUGGUGAUCACGGAGACCGGACUCCCAGGCUGGGCCUUCCGAAUUGGCUUUGGGGACAACUAGGCUCUUGGAUCCAGCUCCUGAGUGGCUCAGGAGUGCCUCAUCCCGCUGGACAUGGGACCACCACCCCGCCAUCCUACUCUGGGGCUAAGGCACCGUCUCCCUUCACAGUCCCUGGGCCCAGCCCUCAGGGGUGAUUGCCAUGCGGGCACUCUGCAGCCCCCCACUAUGUUCACCGAAGGCCAGCACCCAGGGAGUGUGGCCAGGGCAGAGCUUUGGAGCCAGAGCCGUGCAGGAGGAGAGGCUCCUCCCCGGAGCACAGCUCCCCUACCGCCAAGACCAGGACCCUCUCCCUCCCUCAGCCUCCCCAGCCCUCCCUCUCCCCUCCUAAAGGCCUCCAUGGUCCUCCCCUCCUCCCCUGCCAGUCUCCUCUAACUUCCCUCCUCUCCUGGGGCUCCCCAGUCCUCCCCUCCCCCUCCCCAGCCCUCUGCUCACAGCCCAGGGUCCCAUGCUGUAUUUUGGAUAGUAGUUCCCAAGAGCCUCCUGGUGUCUGCUGUAAACCUCUAUCUCGGGCUUAGGGUAGAUGUUCUGGACUUAGUAGGUCCAUCUGUCCUUCUGGGCUUCUCUAUAAAUGGCAUUGUCCUUUCUCCCAACUGCCAAGCCCACACCUCAGAGGGGCCCUCCGCCACCCCCAAAGCCCUCCUGUGGCAAGAACCUUGGGGGUAGCUGUCAAACCUUGUUUCCACCCCAGCACUCUGAAGACUGAGACAUACUUCCACUGGGGACACUGGCCUAGAGGUCGAUGCUCUCCUAAGGGUCAUCUCCAACUCCCUGCAAAUGACCUCGAGCCCACCCAGCUGUCCAUCACAGUCAGUUCUGUCCAACACACACACCAGUCAACGGCCAGUUGUGUCCAGCCCUGGGCUAGGUGGGAGGGACACAGAUGACCAGACCCUACCCACUCUCAGGGCACGAGGCAUGAUGAGGCAAGAGCUCCUGGCUGAGAAUCCAGGAACCCUUUCUGCAGGAGGUAGCAUUGGAUCUCACCCUUUUAGAUGGGGAGGAUUUUCUUUUUAAGUACCAAUUCAUUUGUCUUUUGGUUAUUUAAGAUAAAAAAGUUCAUUGUAGAGAAGUCAAACUGUAGAAUAGUAUAAAGAAGGCAAUAAAAAUCAGCUGCCGUUGUUACCUAGCAAACCAG